AUGGAGAAACUAAUUUAGGUUUCCAAAUAUUUAUGGGUCGUCCGACCGAUAGAUACGGUUUCAUUAGACCACCGGUUGUUAGUACUGACGAUCAGUUGUAUGAGAAACCACAGGACCACUGGUUUGACCAGAGAUUGGAUCACUUCAAUAAAACCGACGACAGAACUUUUAAACAGCUCUAUUAUGUAUAUAACGAUACCCAUUACAAACCGGGUGGACCAGUAUUUCUAUUUCUAUUUGGUGAAAAUGCAAUGGACGAGCCCUAUACUAAUCCCAAUACUUAUUGGCUAGAAAUGGCCAAAAAGUAUAACGCAUUGGCCAUAAUGUUAGAGCACCGGUAUUACGGCCGGUCAGUGCCCACACCAGACCUGUCUACUCAAAACCUGAAAUAUUUAACCCUUGAAUUGGCGCUCAAAGACGCGGAACAGUUUAUACUGGGAAUGACUAAAAAGCUGUCAAUUGAAGGCAGCAAAUGGGUUGUGUGGGGUCUGUCCUAUUCGGGUAAACUUGCCGUUUGGUUUCGGGAGAAGUACCCCAACUUAACUGUCGGUGCGAUAGCCUCGAGCGCACCCGUCGGGUCUACAAACAACUGUACCGGUUAUUUAAGAGUGGCCGCCGAAGUGGUGGGAAAGGAGUGUUCAGAUAAUAUAAGGAAAGCCAACUACGAGAUGGAAGACCUCCUGAAAACACCGGAAGGUGUCGUAAAAUUGCGCAAAAUAUUGAAUUUGUGCGAUUCGUUUGACGGCAAAAAUAUCGAUGAUAUCAGGUAUUUGGCGCAACUGUUAGCCAUGAAUGUCGGCGGAUCUGUUCAGUACAAAGCGGGUAUCGAUUACAUCAUUAAACACAUGAACGACCCCUCAGGCGGUACACCACUGGAAAGGUAUGCCAGUCUACACGUUACGGGCCAAACAGUCCCCUGCAAUAAUAUAAAGCACGCCGAUUAUAUCAAAAUCUUACAAAAUACAACUGUUGGUCCAAAUUCAUGGAUGAGACCAUGGUCUUAUCAACAAUGCACUUCAUUCGCCGACUUUGUGACUAGUGAUCUCCCGAACAGUCCCUUUGGACACAACAUUCCCGUAGAGUUCUAUACCAAACAAUGCACUCAAAUAUUCGGUCUACAAAUCACUGCCCAAACCAUACAGAAAGCGGUCGACCGGACAGUCGCCACAUAUGGGGGCAAACGGCCGAACAUAACAAAUGUUGUGCUCACAAACGGCUCACUCGACCCCUGGAAAGCCAGCGGUAUUCUCGAAGACCUAAACAAUAGCACAAAAACAGCGGUCAUUGAAGGCGGCGCCCAUUGCGACGAUUUCUGGGGCACAAAACCAACGGAUAACCAGAUUUAUUGCGAACCCAAUUUGGGUUUCAAAACAUUUAUGGGUCGACCGACCGAUAGAUACGGUUUUAUUAGACCACCGGUUGUUAGUAAUAACGAUAAGUUUGCGCCACAACCACAGGAACAGUGGUUUGAUCAGAGAGUCGAUCACUUCAAUAAACAGGACAAUACGACUUUCAAACAGCUAUAUUACAUCGAGGAUUCCUAUUACAAAAAGGGUGGUCCAGUAUUUCUUAUGAUCAGUGGUGAGUCUCCGGUAGAAACAGCAUUUAUUACACCCUUUACUUAUAUGGGAGAAAUGGCGAAAAAGUACGGCGCUUUGGCCGUCACAUUAGAGCACCGGUAUUACGGGAAAUCCGUUCCCACACCAGAUCUGUCCACUCAAAACCUCAAAUACCUAACACUUGAAGUGGCGCUCAAAGACUUGGAGCAGUUUUCAUUGUAUUUGACCAAAAAGUUAUCACUUGAUGGCAGCAAAUGGGUUGUGUUCGGGGGCUCGUAUGCGGGAAAAUUAGCAGCAUGGUUUAGGGAAAAAUACCCCAACAUAGCUGUCGGUGCCAUAGCCUCGAGCGCACCCGUCGGGUCUAAUAUGAAUUGCACGGGUUAUUUGCGAGUCGUGAGCGAAGCUUUGGGAAAGGAGUGUUCAGAUAAUAUCAGGAAAGCCAACUACGAGAUGGAAGACCUCCUGAAAACACCGGAAGGUGUCGUAAAAUUGCGCAAAACAUUGAAUUUGUGCGAUUCGUUUGACGGCAAAAAUAUCGAUGAUAUCCGGUAUUUGGCACAACUGUUAGGCAUGAACGUUGCCGGUGCCGUUCAAAAUAACAUGGGUAUCGAUCAGAUCAUUAAACACAUGAACGACCCCUCAGGCGGUACACCACUGGAAAGGUAUGCCAGUCUACACGUUACGGGCCAAACAGUCCCCUGCAAUAACAUAAAGCACGCCGAUUAUAUCAAGUCCUUACAGAAUACUACUGUCGAUCACAAGUCGUGGUGUAGGCAAUUACAAUGGACUUAUCAAACGUGCACUUCAUUCGCCGACUUCCCCACCACUGAACUGGCAAACAGUCCGUUCGGACACAACGUUCCCGUCGAGUAUUACGUUCAACAGUGCGGCGCUAUAUUCGGGCCGCAAAUCACGGGUCAAAGCAUUAAGAAAGCGGUCGACCGGACAGUCGCCACAUACGGGGGACUAAAGCCCAACGUAACUAACGUUGUGUUCCCUAACGGAGCGCUUGACCCCUGGAAGGCCAGC